AUGGAACUGCAAUCGUGUGACACGGUCGACGCCGGAGGAAGAGAGCAUAGACACGCGCGAAGAUAUGCCGUACACCUUAGAAAACUUCCAAACAAGUAUCUAUCUAUCUAUCUAUCUCUCUCUCUCUCUCUCUAUCUAUCUAUCUAUCUCAUUUCUCAUCUAUCUAUCUAUCUAUCUAUCUAUCUAUCUAUCUAUCUAUCUAUCUAUCUAUGUCAUAUUCAUCUCUCUCGCUCUCCUCUCUCUCUCUCUCGAUAUAUACAUAUAUAUAUAUAUAUCUAUAUAUAUAUAUUUCUCAUUUUCAUCUAUCUAUCUAUCUAUCUAUCUAUCUAUCUAUGUCAUAUUCAUCUCUCUCGCUCUCCCCUCUCUCUAUAUAUAUAUCUAUCUAUAUAUAUAUUUCUCAUUUUUAUCUAUCUAUCUAUCUAUCUAUCUAUCUAUCUAUCUAUCUCUCAUUUUCAUCUAACUAUCUAUCUAUCUAUCUAUCUAUCUAUCUAUAACAUUAACCAUACUAUCUAUCUAUCUACCUAUCUAUCUAUGUCAUAUUCAUAUGUCAUAUUCAUAUCUAUCUAUCUAUCUAUCUAUCUAUCUAUCUAUCUAUCUAUGUCAUAUUCAUGUCAUAUUCAUAUUCAUAUGUAUUUAUCUAUGUCAUAUUCGUAUGUCAUAUUCAUAUUCAUAUCUAUCUAUCUAUCUAUCUAUCUAUCUAUCUAUCUAUGUCAUAUUCAUGUCAUAUUCAUAUUCAUAUCUAUCUAUCUAUCUAUCUAUCUAUCUAUGUCAUAUUCAUGUCAUAUUCAUAUUCAUAUCUAUUUAUCUAUCUAUGUCAUAUUCGUAUGUCAUAUUCAUAUUCAUAUCUAUCUAUCUAUCUAUCUAUCUAUCUAUCUAUCAUAG